AUGAGAUUCUACUACCAAUAUUUCAUAAUGACCUUAGUUCUCGUAGUCAUGAUGAGUCAAUCACAGUGCAUUAAAGUAAAGGCAAAUAAGCAUAAUGCGGACCAAGUUAAUGAAUUAAACAUUGAAAAUCGGUCAGUACGUAAAUGGUGA